AUGGCAGCAAUUGUUGAUUUCCUAAAUUGGGAUGCUUACACCGAACAUAUCUUUUGCAAUAAUCGCUUGAGAUCAUUUACAAAAAAUGCUUGGCCUCAUCAACAGUCAGUUAAUUUAUUACCAGAAAAGAUGGCUAAAGCAGGCUUUUUCUUUGAUCCAGAUAAUGAUAAUAUUGAUGGCGUUAGUUGUCCAUUUUGUCUUAAAACUUUAACUGGAUGGGAAGAUAGUGAUGAUCCAUUAGUGGAGCAUGCAAAACGGAAGGAUAUUUGCUAUUUUGCUCGUUUGAAUAAAGAUGAAAAAGAAUGGACAGUUGAAGAUUUCUUACGACUUUUGGCUCAACGAAGAGCAUCUAUGAUGUCACUAAUUGCACUAAAAGCGAUCGAUGGUGCUAUGGAUGCUAUGGAAAGCGUGAAAAAGAGAAUAGAUGUUUUGGUUGAAAAUAAAAGGCCAAAAAAGGUAGCGAAGAGGAAGAAAUAA